CGCAAAAAACCCAACCUUACACGUUUCUUCACUCUGGAAACACUCUUUUUUCAUUACUCUCUCUCGCAUGGCGUUUGGGAAAGAAAUUGAGGAGUAGGGCACGGAAUAGGCCUCGAUUUUUGCGGUGAAGAUGUAAUCCAAGGAAGAAUUUCUCUGUUCCGAAGCUAUUUCAAGCGUACAGUUCGUAAAAGUUCGACUACAUUUUUCUCUAGGGUUUUUUUUUUUUUCCUUUUUCCCUUCUGUGUUUGGUUGGGUGUGAAAUGAAGGGCUUGUCAGAUCGGACGAAGGUGGUUCUGCGGCACCUGCCUCCGGCGAUUUCUCAGGCCACGCUGAUGGACCAAAUCGACGCCGCCUUCGCUGGUCGCUACCACUGGGUCGCUUUCCGUCCAGGGAAAUCGAGCAUGAAGCAUCAAUUCUAUACUAGAGCCUAUAUUGACUUCAAGAAACCUGAGGAUGUUAUUGAGUUUGCUGAGUUCUUUGAUGGGCAUUUGUUUGUUAGUGAGAAGGGCACUCAGUUUAAAACUAUUGUUGAGUAUGCUCCUUCUCAACGUGUUCCAAAACAGUGGUCUAAAAAAGAUGGUCGUGAAGGAACAAUAUUAAAAGAUCCCGAGUAUCUGGAGUUUCUUGAAUAUCUUGCAAAGCCUGUCGAGAAUCUUCCCAGUGCAGAGAUACAAUUGGAGAGAAGGGAAGCAGAACGAGGUGGUGCUGCAAAAGACGCUCUUGUGGUUACACCAUUGAUGGACUUCGUUCGUCAGAAAAGAGCUGCCAAGGGUGGUUCUCGGCGAUCACUAUCUAAUGGGAAAUUGAGUAGAAGAGCUGUUGGAUCAUCAACCGGAAAUCAUGGUGCCUCGUCGAAGCGAGGUUCUGAGAGGAGAAGGAUAUCCUCCGCUAUGUAUGUUUUGAGGGACACUGUAAAGAACAUGAGUGGCAAAGACAAGUCAAUGCACCUUCUGGUUCCAAAGAGAGAUGAUGAGCUGCUUUCUCAUAAGUCUGCUACUGUUGUUCCUGCUGCUAGGACUGAAGUAUUGGCAGAGGAAAGUGGAAUUUCUGGAACUAACGAAUCUGGGAAAAAGAAAUUCCUGCUUCUGAAAGGGAAAGAGAGAGAGAUUUUUCAUGUGUCUGGCAGCUUGUCAAAGGGUAUAACAUCUUCAGUUGCAAACACAAUCAGUUCAGCUGCUCUCAAGCAGAACCAGCAACACCAAGGUAGUGAAAGGACGGUCAAAAGAAUACUUUUAAACAAGGAUUCACGUCAAAGUCAGUCUUUUGUGGGCCUGUCUGAGCAGCAAAUCCAGGCUACAAAUUUAGAAAAGGACAAGAGACCUCCCCGUCCACCACAUGCACAAUUGGUUUUGAAGGACCCAAUUCCAGCUCCAGAUGACAAGGUUGCUGGUAAUAACUCGCAUGGAUUUUGUAGUGAGAAGCAGGAAAAACGUUCAAGAAAUAAGGAUAAGCCUGAUCGUGGUGUAUGGACUUCUCUUCGUCGUUCAGAUGGAUCUCAUACUAGUGAUGAGUCUUUGUCAUCUUCAAUUUCUCAACUUUCGCAGUCACUUGUAGAUUCUUUUGAAGGAUCCCGGGGAGAUACGCAUGUUGACCUGGCAAAUGCUAGGUGUGGUGAGGUUAAAAACCUUGGAACUGGACGUACUAGUCAUUCUUCCAUGGAUAAUGGCUCCCACAAACAUUUUGGUCGCCGUGGGCCUGCACAUGUUGUGAAGGAUACUGAUGGCUCAUCAAUUGUUGGUGAGGGAAAGCACUCGAGGAAAGGCACUGGAUAUGUUUCCCAUGAGAAACAAGUUUGGGUUCAAAAAUCAAGUUCUGGUUCAUGAUUUUGUAUCGAAAAGUUUAAAUGCUUGGUCACACAAUUUUGGAACCUGCAUUUGCUUGUGGCUGGAAGCUGUCUCCUCUUACUAUACAGAUGAUCGGGUGUAUAUGAAGUCUCAGUAUCAGCAAUGGUUCCUUUCGAGAAAUCCCUAGGGGAAAGUACAGUUAUCUGAAUGAUGCAGAUACCGACAUAAUUAAAAUUCGGUUGGUUGAAGAUCCUGAUUUUACUUGGGCAAAGCGGCAGCUCGGAAUAGGAGAAAGAAAGCAUUAGAUGGCAUUGUUAUGAUUGUAUUAUUACACGGUUUUCAUGGCAGUGCUCCCCUUUGGGGUUCUGCUUUUUGUUGGAGCUAGGAAGUCCUCAUGUUUGCUUUUGACUCGACUAUGCAUCGGGUUAUUGUGGUUUUAUGGGAUGUCUCCAAUUGGUAUAGAUGUAUAUAUAAUCCCGGAGUGAUGAUCUGUAACUCCAGCUUUCGUAUGGCUAUCUAUCAAAGCAUCUUAAUGUGUUUCACACA